AUGGAUGUGUGUUCAAGUUCCGCUACGCAUCCUGUGUUGCUUGAAGAAACAAAAACAGAGGACGAUAAGGACAAAUCUCAAGUCAAGCUCCAAGAAAAUGAAUUUGUUCCCAAGUUACAGGAGAAUGCUGUUUAUUGCCAAGUUACAGGAGAAUGCCCUGACACUAGAAAUGAUCUCAAUGAUGCAGGAUCCUCUUCUCUUCCUAGUGUCCAGAAAUUUCUUCCUACAAAUUAUAACAGUUAUACUAAGGAACAUUAUUCAUAUGCAGGCAAGAAUAUUAUUAUUCAAGAAUCAAUAGAGAGCUACGGAGCUGUAGUGUGGCCAGGUGCUGUGGCUUUGUGUGAAUAUUUGGAACAACAUAGUACAGAACUCAAGCUUCAAGGUGCUACAGUAAUUGAAAUUGGGGCUGGACCAGGCCUUGUGUCAAUUGUGGCUAGUCUAUUAGGAGCACAUGUGACAGCAACAGAUCUUCCUGAUGUGCUAGGAAACCUCCAAUACAACAUUUUCGAAAAUACACACAAUUGUACAGUGCACCAACCUGAAGUGAGAGAACUGGUGUGGGGCGAAGAUCUUGAACUGAAUUUUCCUAAAUCAACUUAUUAUUAUGAUUUCAUUUUAGCUACGGAUGUGGUGUACCACCAUUACUUUCUGGAUAAACUGCUGACCACAAUGAUACAUUUGUGUCAGACAGGGACUGUGUUGCUCUGGGCAAACAAAUUCAGAUUCAGCACAGAUUAUGAAUUUUUGGAAAAAUUCAAGAAAACUUUCAACACAACACUACUUGCUGAAUUUCCAGAGUCAACAGUCAAGAUUUUUAAAGCAACACUAAAAUGGGACUAA